UUGUGUUCGAUCUAGUGUCAUAACAACAGCAAAUCUUGCAAUCCAGUUUUGUUUUUCUGUAAUUUUCUCUCGCGAUGGCUAGCAGUGUACCACUGUUGCGAAAUGCACUGCAAAAAGGAAAAUUUGCUCCGCUAAUUAUCCCGCAGCAAUGUAAACACAGUGCGGCCAGCGCCAGCAACCAGCUGGAGAAAAUUCGCGAGCGACUGGAGAGUGGACCCAACUUCCAGGACUUUGUGCAACAUCCGGACUACAACAAGGAGGACUGGACCGCCUACGAAGGGAAGCUGCGCCGCGAGAAGGGCGAAAAUGAUCGGCUACGUUUGCCACCCUGGCUCAAGACGAAGAUACCGAUGGGUAAAGACUUCACCCGCAUCAAGGAGCAGCUGCGGGAGCUAAAGCUUGCGACGGUGUGCGAGGAAGCAAAAUGUCCCAACAUCGGAGAAUGCUGGGGUGGUGGCGAACAUGGUACCCAGACGGCUACUAUAAUGCUCAUGGGUGACACGUGCACCCGGGGAUGUCGCUUUUGUAGCGUAAAAACGGCACGGGCACCACCCCCACUGGAUCCGGCGGAGCCGAUGAAUACGGCGACGGCCAUCGCAUCGUGGGGCUUGGACUAUAUCGUACUCACAUCAGUCGAUCGCGAUGAUCUGCCGGACGGAGGCUCGAACCACAUUGCAGCGACGAUCAAAGAAAUUAAGAAACAGAAUCCUCGCAUUUUUGUCGAAUGUCUAGCGCCAGACUUCCGUGGGGAUCUGCAGUGCAUCGAAACGGUCGCAAUGUCCGGGCUGGACGUGUACGCGCACAACAUCGAAACGGUAGAAGCGCUGACCCCGUUUGUGCGCGACCGCCGGGCGCGCUACCGCCAAAGUCUGGAGUGUUUGGCUAGCGUUAAACGGUUCAACCCGAAUCUCAUGACCAAAUCUUCCAUCAUGCUUGGAUUGGGUGAAACGGACGAGCAGGUUGAACAGACGCUUAAAGAUCUACGUUCCGUCGGUGUCGAUUGUCUUACGCUUGGUCAGUACAUGCAGCCCACUAAACGGCAUCUGAAGGUGAUUGAGUACGUUACGCCGGAAAAGUUCAAACACUGGGAGGAGCGAGGCAAUGAGCUCGGGUUCCUGUACACGGCCAGCGGUCCGCUGGUACGCAGCUCAUACAAAGCAGGCGAGUUCUUCAUCACUAGCAUCUUGCGCAACCGGGCUAAGGAAGAGGAGGCAGCAAGAAGCGCGAACAAGGCAGGUACCGAAUCGACACAAGAUUCAAAACAUUCGUAAACCUUUUCGAGGGUUCGAAAUAAAACCACAACAUGAAAUUGUUAUGCUUUGCAAGCCUGUAUAGUGUAAUAAAUGUUACUCUUUGUUGGUAAGGACUUAAA